GAAAAGCUGCCCCCCCCCCCCCCCCCGCCAUGCCGGGCGCUGGAGACCUCGGACACCUGUGGCCGAGUGCAAGCGGCAGGAGACCUUCCUGGCUCGAGCUUCCGCAAGAGCUGUGGCUUGCAAAGCCGCGCAGGGCCAGCGCUGCUUUUUCCUUCCUGGAUGCCCCAGCCACGGUGCGGCACCCGGCCAGCUUUGGCCACAAGGAGGAGCUGGACAAGAAAGCAGGUCAGGCUGCAACGGGCGCUUUGGAUUAUGCGUACAAUGCCGAGAUUCAGAGCGUCAAGGCAGAUUACAAAGCUGACCUAGCCGAGGAUGAAGUCGAGGAGGCGGAGUCGUGGGAGGACUAUGAGCUGUCGCUGCUGGCCUUCCUGUCGCUGGUCAUGGUGGGCACGACUGGAUGGCUGUACAACCAGUACCAGCGCUGGCUGGGCAUGAAGAAGACCAUGGCCGAGCAGUACCACAACCGCACGAGCCAGUGAGCGAAGCGAGCGAAGUGCUGAGCCGCGAAGGUGGUCGCGUGGGUUUUCAAAGCUGCAAGACCCGUUGGCUUCCCA